GGAAGCACUUUUUUUAGUGUUGCUGACGGGAUGCUGUUCUCCACCAUGAAUAAGUCUAAUCGGUUUCGGAUGGGCAGUUUUAAAAUAUUUGAUUUAAUGUUGAAUCAGCGAAACAUUCAUGAAUUAACAUGUCGGUUUGCUGUUGUUCUUCUUUUAACCUGCCAGUGUCUGGCAGACGAUGGAUACGAGAUGGAUGACUUUUUGAAAAGGGAGUACUCUCUUACCAAACCAUACCAAGGGUUGGGCUCCUCCAGUUCCUCUUAUUGGGACCUGAUGGGCAAUGCCAUGAUCACCACUGAGCAUGUGCGACUGACCCCUGACUUGCAGAGCAGACAAGGAGCAGUGUGGAGCCGCGUUCCCUGUUUCCUGCGGGACUGGGAGCUGCAGGUGCACUUUAAGAUCCACGGCCACGGGAAGAAGAACCUGAAUGGAGAUGGAAUGGCUCUGUGGUAUACCAAAGAACGCAUGCAGACUGGUCCUGUGUUUGGAAACAUGAACCUCUUCACUGGCCUUGGAGUGUUUGUGGACACCUACCCCAAUGAAAAUAAGAACCAUGAGAAGAAGUACAAUCCUUCGACUCAGAGGGUCUUUCCAUACGUUUCUGGGAUGGUGGGGAACGGGACUCUGGCUUAUGAGCACGAUCGUGAUGGCCAGUCCACAGAGCUUGGCGGGUGCACAGCCCUGGUGCGCAACAUCCCCCAUGACACCUUCCUCCUCAUCAGAUACACCAAAAACCGACUGACGAUACAGAUAGACGUUGACGGUAAACAGGAGUGGCAGGACUGUCUGGACCUUCCAGGGGUACGUCUACCUCGGGGCUACUUCUUUGGAGCCUCCUCUGUUACUGGAGACCUGUCAGACAACCAUGAUCUCAUCUCUAUGAAGCUGUACCAGCUGACUGUGGAGCGUACUCCGGAGGAAGAGGAGGAGGAAGAGCUCAUCCCCAGUGUUGAUAACUUUGAGCACUUGAACAAAGUGGAGGUGCAAGAAGAGGGGAUGAGUGGAGUCCAGCUCUUCUUCACCAUAGUCUUCUCUGUCAUUGGUAUCUUUGUACUGGGGGUGGUGGCAGUGGUCAUGUAUGGGCGCUGGAAGGAGAACAGCCGCAAACGCUUCUACUGAGAGGGAGAGCUGGGUAGUCUACGGCUCCGUCCCAAAUGGCACCCUAUUCUCUUUAUAGUGCACUCCUUUUGACUAGGGGUCUAGUCAAAAGGUGUGCUCUCUGUAGGGAAUAGGGUGCCAUUUGGGAUGUCGUCUGAGGGAUGCUCUAUGUGAAGGAGCACGAAUGAGGAUGUAGAUUUCUAAACAUACAACGAACAUGCUGUCUGCCAUACAUAGCUUUACUACAUAACAAUUCCCUUACCUCAAUAAUACUUCAACUGCGACAAAUGAACCGCUCUCGGACCAUCUCGGCCCAAAUAAAUCAAACGUGACCCUUUUUUUUUUUUUUUUUUUUUUAUACUGUGAGAUAAAUCUUUUUUUUGUCUUUUGUUUCACCUUAUUGUUUAACGUAGGAGACCAUGACCUGUGAAUUGCUGACACUGUCAUCAGCAGACUGCACUCACUUACAUGCAGUGUGCAUGAUGGGCUUCCAGCCUUUCUGUCAUGUUCUGCCGUUGAGACUUCCGAAUUGUUUGCACUGACAUGAAAUGCCCGUGAGAAGACUUAUAUUGAGCUGCCAUAAUAACUAAGUAAUGAGAGAGAGAAUUGUUCUCAACAAAAGUACCUAGCUCGGGCCAGUUUAAGACCAGGGCCUUCAAGAUCGUAAUGAAUCAAAUUAUAUUGCUGGGGGAACUGAUCUCAGAGUAGGACUGCUGAACUCAGAUGUUUUCUUGAAUAUGGGCCCAGAUGUCGCAAUGUACAUGCUAAUCCUUUAGUUCUAUAUUUUGGUUCAUGAGCUAACAUUUGGCUCUUGGUUCUGUAUUGCUGUGCUGUAACUACCAUUUACCUACAGUUGAAGUCGGAAGUUUACAUACACUUAGGUUGAAGUCAUUAAAACAAUUUUUUUAACCACUAUAGUUUUGGCAA